AUGGAAAAAAGGAAUGAGACAUUGAGCACUGAUUUCAUUCUCCUUGGACUCUUUCCGGACAUGAAACAUAUCAGCUUUCUUGUUUUGAUUAUCCUCUUGGUAUAUAUUGUCUCCCUCACUGCAAACACUGGCCUGAUUUUCCUGAUUUGGGUGGAUCCUCGACUCCACAUUCCCAUGUACUUCCUGCUCAGUCAGCUUGCAAUAAUAGACUUGACUCUGAUCUCCAGCACUGUGCCCAAGAUGGCUGCUGACUUUUUCUCAAGAAGGACAAAGAUCUCACAUGUUGCUUGUGGUACCCAGAUCUUUUUCUUCCUAACCUUAGGAAUCGCUGAAUGUAUCCUCCUCACCCUCAUGGCCUAUGACCGCUAUGUGGCCAUCUGUAAACCUCUGAGAUAUCCUAUUAUCAUGAGCCAGAGAACCUGCAUAAAAAUGACAUGUGUCUCCUGGUUUGGAGGUGCCUUCAUUUCCCUUGUCCACACAGCCUAUGUCAUGCAUUUUCCCAUCUGUGGCUCCAGGAAAAUUCCCCAUUUUCUCUGUGAGGUCAUGGCCAUUCUGAAAAUCACCUGUGAGGACAUUAGAGCCUAUGAGAAGGCGGUGGUAGUAACGAGCAUUGUGGUGCUCCUUGUCCCAUUGUCACUCAUCCUUUCUUCUUAUACCCUCAUUUUCCUCAGUGUCCUCCGCAUGAAUUCCCCUAAGGGGAGAAACAAAGCCCUGGCCACCUGUUCCUCUCAUUUGACUGUAGUGAGCCUCUACUAUGGUCCAGCCAUUGUAGUCUACAUGAGACCAAGUUAUUACCACAGCCCCAAAAUAGACCAGAUACUCUUUGUGCUUGGGGCUAUCCUCACUCCUAUGAUGAACCCCCUCAUUUACAGUCUGAGAAACAAGGAAGUUGUGGGAGCACUGAAGAAAAUUCUGGAAAAGUGA